GAAUCUUCGACAAAACAAUCGUCUGGCGGAAACUUGAACGAUUUGUUGAUACAGCAAAAUGCACUUGCAGAAAAUCCAGGCAAAAAUAACACCAAUAUCUGUGCCAAUUUACGAACUGCCUGAAUUCUUGUGUGUGGAAACUAAGUGCAUUACCCCGAAAUUUGCAAUGGAAAACAAUAUUCAAGGGGUUUCAAAUAUCACCAGAAGUCUGGCGAAUAAGCUACAGGAUGAUAAAAGUGAAAUAGACAAUAGUAAACCAACCACACAGCUGGCUCAAUCCGCAAAAAUCGAACCAGAAAAGAAUCCCUGCCGUGAAAGAUCGGUGCAAGUGAAUCUGAACCCAACAGUUGACGUGGAAGUGCAAUGUCAAAGGGACUCGUCCGAUGAAUGGGAACUUGCAAAUGAUUUAUUAGCCAAGUCGACAGAAACCAAUGAGAGCGAAGAGAGAGAAAACGAAGGCAAAUUUCUUGAGUAUGCUAGCCAACAUACGGAAAUGUUUCCCAAUGGAAUGCUGGAGUGUUUGGUGUGUGGCGAGAUCGCCAACUCCUUGCAGGAGCAGCACAGCCAUAUGACAGUGCACUUUGGACCGCAAGCACUUUGUUCAGGCUGUGGAAAGAUGGUCGAGAGUCAAAGUUUAAUAGGUCAGCACAAUUAUAGUUGCCUGGCUCGUGUCAACGCCAAGUCAAGACCAAUUAUAAACAUGCAAUGUCCACAUCUGCACUGCAGUGUGACGGCCAAUUCAAAGCGAGAGCUUACUAGACACUUAAGCAAACACCUGGGCAUUAAUUCGUAUUAUUGCCUGCAGUGUCGCAAGAGUUUCAGCUCAGUUACACAGUUCCUGGUACAUCGCCUGAGGGAAGCUGCCUGUUCCAAGGCGAAGCACAUUUACCUGGCCAAGAACAUCUCACAAUGGCGUAAGAAAUCGAAUCCAAAACGUUGCACUGUUUGCCUCAAACAAUUUAGUAGCACACGGAAUUGUGUGUGGCACAAGAGACGUUGCAUCUUGGCCAAUUACAGGCGCUUGAAGAAGCUACUGAAACCACUAUGUAAAUUCUAAUUUUAAUUCGUGUUUAUUUAUGUGAAUAAUAACAAUAAAAAUGAUCGUUUAUGACGCCUGCACACCA